GAGAAACAGGAAGCGCAAAAGCAAGGCUAGCAAGAGGGAGGUGGAGUGGGGCGUUUGAAUGAAACGGGCAGGCCUUGAAAACGCUGCCAUCACUCUGAUCAGGACCAUACUGGCCACGGCUGGGAUGUGGGUGACACCAUGAGUGUGAAAGCUUUUGAGCUGGUUUCCGCCGUGGAGCGGGAGCUGGUGAUGGGCGAAAAGGUGCGAAUUAACAUCGAAUGCAUAGAGUGCUGUGGCAAAAACCUGUACCUGGGAACCAAUGACUGCUUCAUCCAUCACUUCCUACUAGAGGAGCACACAACAGCCAAGGGGAAGCUGGCCUACAAUGCCCAGAAGCUCCUGCACAAAUACCUGGGCCUGAAGAAGCCAGUGGUGGAGCUCAAGGCUGCCUCGGCUUUGGAACGUCUCAUUGUCCUCUGUGAUACAACCAUCACUGUUGUGGACAUGGUUACCCUGGAGCCUGUGCCCACCGGGGGCACUAAGCUCAAAGGUGUGACUGCAUUUUGUUUGAAUGAGAACCCGGUGACUGGGGACCCGUUCUGCGUGGAAAUGGCUGUGGUGUCGGCACGCAGACGGGCUGUCCAGAUCUGUACAGUCCACGAGGACCGGGUGCAGAUGUUAAAGGAAGUGACCACACCAGAGCAGCCCUGUGCCCUGAGCCUGGAUGGGUACUUUAUCUGCCUGGCCCUGCCCACACAGUACAUGAUUCUGAACUACAGCACAGGAGCCUCUCAGGAUCUUUUUCCUUACGACUGUGAAGAGAGGAAACCCAUCGUCAAGAGGAUCGGCCGGGAAGAGUUUCUCCUGGCUGCCCCAGGCGGUCUUGGGAUGUUUGCUAACGCAGAGGGCAUAUCUCAGCGUGCCCCAGUGAGCUGGUCAGAGAGCGUGAUUGCGGCGGCUGUGUGUUUCCCUUAUGUGGUUGCGUUGGAUGAAGGCUUUGUGACCGUUCACAGCAUGUUGGACCAGCAGCUCAAACAGACAAUGUCUUUCAGAGAUGGACAACUCCUGCAGGAUUUUGAAGGUAAGGUGGUGUUGGCUUCUACAAAGGCAGUUUAUAUGUUGGUGCCUCUCCCUCUGGAGCGUCAGAUCCAAGACCUUUUGGCAAGCCAUCGAGUCGAAGAGGCACUGACCCUCACAGAAGCUGCACAGAGAAACAUUCCCAAAGAAAAGUAUCAGAAAUUGCACAAAAGAAUUCUCCAACAAGCAGGAUUCAUCCAGUUUGGCCAGCUUCAGUUUUUAGAAGCAAAAGAACAUUUUAGGAAGGGACAGCUUGAUGUACGGGAGCUGAUCUCCCUUUAUCCACUGCUCCUACCCGCCUCUUCCUCCUUCACACGGUGCCAUCCACCACUUCACGAAUUUGCUGACCUGAAUCAUCUGACGCAGGGGGACCAGGAGAAAGUACAGUGCUUCAAACGUUUCCUCAUUAGCUACCUACACGAGGUGCGCAGCAGCGACAGCGCUAAUGGUUUCUGCGAAGACGUGGACACAGCAUUGCUAAAGCUCUAUGCAGAGACCGGCCACGAAAGUCUCUUGGACUUGCUGGUCUCCGAUAACGCCUGCCUCCUGGCAGACAGCGCCCCCUGGCUGGAGAAGCAUCACAAGUAUUUUGCCCUUGGCCUUCUAUAUCACUACAAUAAUCAAGAUUCUGCUGCUUUACAGAUGUGGGUUAAGAUUAUCAAUGGGGAACUCCAAGACUCAACAAGACCGGAUCUGUUUGAAUAUGUUGUGGACUUUCUUAGUUUCUGUUCCAAUCUUGACCUUGUGUGGCAGCAUGCGGACUGGGCAAUACAGAAAGAUCAAAAGAUUGGUGUACAGAUCUUCAUCAAAAGGCCUAUCUCUGAGGACAAGAAGGGGCAGUUAAACCCAGAUGAUGUGAUUACAUAUUUGCGGAAGCACAAUCAAGCCAUUUUGCUCUACCUGGAACACCUGGUAUUAGAGAAAAGAUUGCAGAAAGAAAAUUAUCACACACAUUUGGCUGUGCUGUAUGCAGACAGAGUGCUGGGCCUGAUCUCACGACCAUCAUCCACUGAGGAGCAACUGUCUGCUGCUCGCCAGAAACUACAACGGUUACUGAAAGAGUCUAGUCUGUACAGAGUCCAAUUACUAAUAGGUAAACUUCAGGACUCCGAGCUGCUGCUACUUGAGCGAGCUAUACUACAUGGGAAGGUAGAGGAACAUGACAAGGCCUUGCACAUUCUAGUGCACCAGCUCAAAGACUCUACUGCGGCUGAGGAAUACUGCUCCUGGGCCUCUGCAUGUCAGGACCAGAUCUACCGUCAGAAACUUUUCCAACAACUCUUGAGUGUUUAUCUAGACCCGGAUGUACCGGGAGGGGCACAAACCGUAGCCGCUGUUGACUUGCUUAACCGGCAUGCUGACAUUUUUGAUGCAGUGCAAGUGUUAAAGCUCCUCCCAGAGGAGUGGUCCUUGCCGCUACUCCGUCCUUUCCUAUGUGGGGCAGUAAGGGCCAGUGUGCAUGCACGUUGCACUUCACAGGUUGCAGUGGGGCUGGCCCGAGCAGAAAACCUCCAGCUUCAGCAUGAUAGGCUUAAGUAUCGAGGUGGCCCAAUAUUAGUGUCUGAAAAGAAGGGAUGCAAGCUGUGCCACAAUACCUUUAGUGAGCCAGACUGUGCCUGCCUGCCCGGUGGAACACCUGUCCAUAUUCACUGUAUCGCAAAGAAAGCCCUGGACUUGCCAGUAGAGUGGCAACAGGAAAACGGCAACCACAUAUGAAGCUGAUCAGUACUGUGGGACAGUCAACAGAUGCUGGUUUUGCACCUGUACCACACACGCAUGGAGAGAGGGCUGAGUGCACCUGUUCAGAACCCAUGCAAGAGCAUUCGGAGCGACCAGGACCCUGCUAUACAAAUCUAUUUCUCUGUGUGAGAGAGUCAGUCAGUGAAUGAGUGUGCAAGUGUUUGAGAAACUAUUUAUUCUAUUGUCCUUCUGUGUGUACAUGCAACACUGACAAUGAAUAUGAGUGUUUGAAAAUUUUAAUGAACAUCAAACAAAAAGUUAAACAUCCAAAAAAUUUGACAUUGUCUCCUGGUUGAUCUUUUUAGCAUUGCCUUAUGAUGACUGGUUCAGUGGCUCUGUUGUGUUUUUUUUUUUUUUUUUUUUUUUGUGCUUUUAAAUGCAAAUAAAUGUAUUGUAAAUGUUUUAUAACUCAAAAUCAGUAAACACUUACUGCAGCCUUUGGCAGCUGAAGUGUUAUCCAUGGUAACAAUUUAACUGUUGUUUACAAAUGGUUAGCAUGGUUGAGGUAAAAAUACUUUAAAUGUUUCAGUCUCUUUACCAUCUCUUCCCAAAAAGCAGAACUGUCAAAAAUGUGUGUAUGAUAUGCAUCAAUGGUUUUCAUCAAACAAACACCAAAGUUAAAUUCUCUGUGCUCAAAGAGUGACAAGCCUUACAUGAUUACUUACAUCCUCUGUCAUGGUCCAUUUAUGGAAGAAAUGCAAAUUUUAUUAUCAAUACGAUUGUCUUCAUCAUAGCUAGGUUAAACCAUUUAGUUGCAGACAUUUGGAGAACUUCCAUUGUAAACAUUAGACAGAAAAUGUAAGCUAUUUUAUCACACAACACUCAUUUCCACAGAUUUUUUUGCUUUUAAAGAAAAGGGACAAGUUGAAAUCAAUUUAGUAGUAAUCACAAUGCCACAAAUGCUGUUGAUUUAGCUUAACUUGUAUUGAACCUGGAAUAUUCCAUUAAGUAAUUUUUCUUAGAUUUUAAAGAAUAUAUUAACCAUAUCAUUAACCAUUUCAAACCAAUCAAUAGACUCAGGCUGUGCUGUUUGUAUACAUGUUAGAAAAAAGCUAAAAUUGCUUAUUAAAUCAAAACCAUUUUGUUUCUCA